GCAUUUCUAACAAGUUUCAAGAUGAUGGGAAUCUUCUGGUCCAGGGACUACACUUUGAGAAGCCCUGGUGUAAAAAGGUACAGACGUGAAAACCAGAGGGGGGAUAGCUCCUCCCCAGAGGAGGCACUGGGCAACUUAUCUUGUCCUUGCCUGGCACAGCUGAGGCCUGUGAUUGGGGAUUCCGACAGAUCAGUGACUCAAGCGCCGCACAGGCCCGAAGGGCAUAGCAGGCGCGGGGCGAAGGAGCUGCUAGAACAAUGCUGAGGCGGGUGAGGUGAGGAGCAGCCCCUCGCGGCAGCCCCGACAGAGUGUCUGGAACAGGUGAUUGGAGGAGCCGGAGACCCAGGCACCUGGGCAUCCUUCCCCUCGCCUCUGCCAGGCCCCGCGCCCCUAAAAGGUGGGAAAACCAUGGCGACCAAUUUCAGUGACAUCGUCAAGCAAGGCUACGUGAAGAUGAAGAGCAGGAAGCUCGGGAUCUACCGGAGGUGCUGGCUGGUGUUCCGGAAAUCCUCCAGCAAGGGGCCCCAGCGGCUGGAGAAGUAUCCAGAUGAGAAGUCAGUGUGCCUCCGGGGCUGCCCCAAGGUGACCGAGAUCAGCAACGUCAAGUGUGUCACGCGGCUCCCCAAGGAGACCAAGCGGCAGGCGGUGGCCAUCAUAUUCACUGACGACUCGGCACGUACCUUCACCUGCGACUCAGAGCUGGAGGCAGAGGAGUGGUACAAGACACUAUCUGUGGAGUGUCUGGGGUCCCGCCUCAACGACAUCAGUCUGGGAGAACCUGACCUCCUGGCCCCAGGGGUGCAGUGUGAACAGACAGAUCGUUUCAAUGUCUUCCUGCUGCCCUGCCCCAACCUGGACGUGUAUGGCGAGUGCAAGCUGCAGAUCACCCACGAGAACAUCUACCUCUGGGACAUCCACAACCCCCGUGUGAAGCUCGUCUCGUGGCCCCUCUGCUCACUACGCCGCUAUGGCCGGGAUGCCACACGCUUUACCUUCGAGGCUGGCCGGAUGUGUGAUGCUGGAGAAGGACUCUAUACCUUCCAGACACAAGAGGGGGAGCAGAUUUACCAGCGCGUCCACAGUGCCACCCUGGCCAUCGCAGAGCAGCACAAGCGGGUCCUGCUGGAAAUGGAGAAGAACGUGAGGCUGCUGAACAAAGGCACAGAACAUUACUCGUAUCCCUGCACACCCACGACCAUGCUACCGCGCAGUGCCUACUGGCACCACAUCACGGGUUCCCAGAACAUCGCCGAAGCCUCCAGCUAUGCUGGUGAGUCGCUUCCAUGCCCCACACCCACCUGCCAGGAGGCUCUGUGGAGGAUGAGGCCUAUUGGGCAGGGGUCUUUUGACCUAGCUCUGAGUUCUGACCCUGCUUCUGUGCCCACAGGUGAGGGGUACGGGGCAGCCCAGGCCAGCUCGGAAACAGACCUCCUCAACAGAUUCAUCCUGCUAAAGCCAAAGCCCAGCCAGGGGGACAGCAGCGAGGCCAAGACCCCAUCCCAGUGACCACAGUGCUGGCGAGCACCGAUGACUGCUGGGGGCUGCCUGCUGCGGGGCUGGCUGCAGUGUACUGUGGACAGCCUCAGGGGGCUGUCGGCCAAAAGCCUGGAGAAAGGGAGCAAGCUGCCCCCUCCUUGCCCCCAAGGAUGAGGCUGGACUGAGGCAAAGGGCUGGCCACACCACCUGAGCAUGUGUGAGGGGUUGGAGCUACCGUGGGACUAUAUACUGUUAAUGAUUUUAAUAUAUAUGGCUUAUGACAUACUCUGUAUCAAUGAGAUCCCCUCACCCUCAUCCCAUCCUUCCCCACCAAUACACACACAUUUUUUAAUCCCAUGACCAGGCCACGGUCAAGGCUGUUUUUGAGUAUGAGGGCAGUCGUGUCCAUCCUCCAUGGCACAGCCCUCCUGCUGCCAGGACUUGCUGGAACUACCAGGGCCAGAGGAGGGGGAUAAUCAGAGCUUGAGGCUGGCACUCUGACUGCUGGCUUUUCCCAAACAGCCCAAGGGCCGGAACAGCAGGUGGCUUCUCAGUUCCUCUGGGCCUGGAGUGACACAGGAAGGAUCUGCGCUUCCACUGUGCUGCUUGCCAGCCUUGCAGUUGGAGUUUUAAGCAGAGGUGACAUCUGGUUGACGCCUCAGGUGAAAAUCUGGUUUUAAAAUGUAACUUCUGCACAGGCUCCUUCCUGCUUUGUAGGCUGGGAAGAUGCCCUCGGGGUAUGGGUGCUGAUUACCUCAGCCAUGUGGAGGAAGGCUGGAGCUUGUUCCUGCCCCAGGGCCAGGCCAGGAGGGAAGGCCGCAGCAGGACUGCCGUGGGGAGCACCCCUGCUGCCUGCCUCUCACUGACCAGGGGUGGACAAGGCCCAAGCAGAGGGAGCCCCCUGGCCCUGUUUGGCCACCCUCUGGCCAGCCAAAAGCACUCUGAAGCCAAGACCUUCCCAUUUCCUCCUCCCCACAUGGUGCUGAGGCUCCCUGCUGUAACGCAAUUACAGCAAUUGAUUUUCUAGUGCUGGUAUUUGCUGACUACCAUGCAGAAGGGCUAUCUUUCUAUUCACGUCAAACCUUUGGUUGUGUGGGGUUUUUUGUUGUUUUUGGGGUUUUGUUUUUUAAUACUUUAGGGUCCUGAUUUGUGGGAACAGACCUUCUUGUAAAUAACCACUAUUUGAGUUGUGGCAGGAGGAUGAUAAAGCACGCGGCCCCUCCCAAAGGAGCCCUUGAGCUAGGGAGGUGGGGCAGUCAGCCUCGCUCUCAACGUGACCCGGGGGGAAUGACCACCCAGAGGGAUGAGCUAGCCUGUAGAGGGGAACUGGGGUCCAAAGGUCUUUGGGGAGGGAGGCAGAGCUGGCUGGCUCAGCUAAGUGGCACGAUGACGCAUGAAGGAGAUUAUGUUGUGCUCUUUAUUGCCAAAAAUAAACACUUUUAAAAA